GAACGAGCUCGCAAGGAGCACGCGCAUUCUUUGCUGCUUGAGCGGUGCGGAGCUGCAGGAGAAACACGAAUUAAUUGGUGGGCGCAGACUGAUGCAAAGGACACCAAAAGGCCCUGUAAGGACAUGAGGAGGAAACAGUGACAGAAGGAGCUAUGUGACGCUGCUAAAGGCAGUGGAUCCCUCACCAGCUGGAUUAAAAAGGGCACAGUCUCAGAUCAACACAGCCCUGCCCUCCAGCACUCUCAGCAACAGGAGCAGCAGCAACAUUAUACCCCAUCAGGUACACUGUAUAAACACUGAUAAAAGGAGGAGAUCUCGGAGUACAUCGCAGAUAGAAGUUGGCGUCACUUACAGAGACAUCCUUUUAGUACAGACUGAACUUCGAUUGCCAUGGCCAAGGUGUUUAAUGAUCCCAUUCAUGGCCACAUCGAGUUACAUCCACUUCUUGUCAAGAUCAUAGACACCCCUCAGUUUCAGAGACUACGAAAUAUCAAGCAGCUUGGGGGCGGUUAUUUUGUUUUUCCAGGAGCAUCCCACAACCGCUUUGAACACUCCAUUGGGGUGGGAUACUUAGCAGGAGAGCUUGCUAAAGCCCUCAAGGUGAAGCAGCCAGAACUUGACAUCAGUGACCGAGAUGUCCUCUGUGUGCAAAUUGCAGGUCUCUGUCAUGACCUGGGACACGGGCCCUUCUCUCAUCUGUUUGAUGGUAUGUUCAAUCCUGAAGCGGACCCACCAACUAAAGACUGGAAGCAUGAGGAUGCCUCUUUAGAGAUGUUUGAUCAUCUGGUGGUGGCGAAUAGUCUGGCACAAGAGAUGGAGCGUUAUGGACUGAUAUUCCCAACUGACCUGAAGUUUAUCAAGGAGAUGAUUAAACCUUUAAAGAGUGAUGAGGCUGAGUGGCCGUAUGAAGGUCGAGAUGAGAAUAAAUCCUUUCUCUAUGAAAUUGUGUCAAACAAGCAAAAUGGGAUUGAUGUGGACAAGUUCGACUACUUUGCCAGGGACUGCCACCACCUGGGCAUCCGGAACAACUUUGACCAUCAACGCUUCAUCAUGUUUGCCAGGGUGUGUGAUGUGAAUGGGAGGAAGCACAUUUGCUCUAGAGACAAGGAAGUGGCAAACCUGUAUGACAUGUUCCACACAAGGAACUCUCUCCACAGAAGAGCCUACCAGCACAGAGUAAGCAAGAGUGUAGAAAUUAUGAUCAAAGACGCCCUCUUGAAAGCAGAUCAGUACAUCCUGACUAAAGGUUCAGGAGGAACAAUGCUCUGUCUCUCCAAAGCUAAAACUGACAUGGAAGCCUACACAAAGCUGACAGAUCAAGUGACUGAAAAAAUACUCCACCCUUGUUCUUCUUCAAAUGAACCCACUCCUCCUCCUCUGGAGGAAGCCAGGGAGAUUCUUGAGAGGAUCAUGUCUCGAGACCUGUACCAGUUUGUGGGUGAAACCAAGCUCAAUGUAGAAGACCAAGAGGAAAUAAAAAAGAUGAAGGACAGCUUGGAAAAUGAACUGGUUAAAGUCAUUUCAAAAGACAACUUUGAAACUACUGUUGUCACUUUGGACUAUGGGAUGAAAAACAAGGACCCCAUCAAUACCACAUAUUUCUACACUAAGGCUAACCCUACUGAAGCAUUCAAGAUUCCCAGAGAACAGGUGUCCAAGCUUCUCCCAGUGUGCUUUGCUGAGAAGAUCCUCAGAGUUUACUGUAAGAACUCAGCGAGUCUGAGAGAUGCUAAGUUCUGCUUUCAAACCUGGUGUCAAGAAAAUGACUUUCUAACUGAGGAUCGAGACAGAGCAACUCCAUGAAAUGCAGAUGUGAAACACUGAGAAAUUAGAUUUUUUGUGUUACUGCAGAGAUUUAAAAACAGGUAAAUCUGCAAACUAAAGUAGUUUGAUGAUUAAACUAUAUAUCACACAUUUUCACUAUAAUCAGACUAUAUAGCUCAACUUGGCUCAAUGGUUUAGAUCAGGGGUGCCCAAUCCCAGUCCUCGAGAGCUACCGUCCUGCAGCUUUUAGAUGGAUCCUUGUUCCGACACACCUGAAUCAAAUGAAUGGCUUGUUAUCAGGCAUUUGCCAAACUUGAUGGCAUGCUGAAGAGGCAAUCAAACCAUUUGAUUCAGCUGUGUUGGAGUAGGGAUGCAUCUAAAAGCUGCAGGACAGUAGCUCUCGAGGACUGGGAUUGGGCACCCCUGGUUUAGAUAAAGUCUACUGCUAUGAUUUGCUCAUUGUGUGAAAAAUCAUUAUUUAAUAUAUAACAGGUCUCUACAUGAAAAUUUACCAAAGGAUAACAAAAUCUUUCUGCUGUUUCCUCUUUAGAUUUGUUUACCGCUGGUUUCUGGUCCAUUGAUUGAUCCUUUAUUUCGAGCAUAUGGGUACAGAUAUACAAAAUAGAGUAAAUAUACAGGAAGGAAAAUACUGUCUAGUGCUCAAAAAGGAGUGGGAAGAAAUAACACUUUCAUACUCCCACCCACUUCACAUAUUUAUAGUUCAGUCGUGUAACUUCUUCCUGAGUGUAUGUAAUAUGCUGUAUAACAAUGAUAAGUUAUCACAUUGGACACAUCUGUAUUGAAAACACCUCCUGUAGCUUAAUGCUGCCCCCAUCCCCGAACUCCAUGAAAACCAUAUCUUUAAACAUUUAUUUAAAUUUCUGGAUAUUUGGACAUUGUUCGUCCUUAGCCUCUAAUCCAUUCCACAAUUUAACCCCAAAACACAGACACACAAAAACUUUUCCCAGUAGUUCUCACCACAUGCAUCUCUCUGGUUGAAAAGAUUUUGAAAUUUGACUGGCAAUAGAUUAUUUCUAGCUCUAAGCAUUAUAUGUGCUGUAUUGUAAUUAACCAAGUCAUGAAGUUUUAAUAAUUUUGACUGUACAAAUUAUAAAUUUGUAUCAUGAAGAUACCCAUGUUUGUGUAUUGUACAAACUGCCCUUUUCUGUAAUUUCUGAAAAGAGAAUUUAGUGUACUUUUAAUUAUUUCCCCAUACCUCUAUACAAUAAGUUAAAUGAGGAAGAAUUAGAGAACAAUUAAGUAGACAGAGGCAAUUAUAAUCUAGAACCUGUUUAAUUUUGUUUAUGAUUGAGAUGCUUUUGGACACUUUGUUUGUGCAUGUCUGAUAUGAGGUUUCUAAUUUAUAUUAAAUAUCAAUCCUAAGAAUUGAGUCUCCUUUACUAUUUCAAUUUUUCAUUUUCUACCUGUAUUUGGGUGCCAUCAUUCACUGUAUAGUUACCAAAUAUCAUUUCUUUUGUUUGACUAACAUUUAGUGAUAAUUUAUUACUAUUCAUCCAAUUUUUAACUGUCUUAAUUUAUUAUUUACAUUAUUAAAAAGUUCCUCAUGAUUAUUCACAGAAAAAAAUAUAUUAGUAACAUCAGCAAAUAAUAUUAAGUUUGAUAAUUUAGAAACUUUUAACAUGUCAUUAAUAUAAAUAUGUAUUAACUAGACUGGGGUACAAUAAUGACCCUUGAGGGACUUCCAUGUACCUAGAUGUAAAUUCUUCCAUCUUCACAAACUGUUGUCAAAAUACUUCUGAUCCAGCUCAGUACUACUCCACUUAUGCCAUAAAGCUGUACUUUAUUUAGUAGUAUUGAGUGAUUAACUGUAUUAAAUGGUUUCUUAAAAUCAAUAAAUAU